CUUUGCCUUUUGGCUUAGAUCAAGUGUAGUAUCUGUUCUUUUCAGUUUAAUCUCUGAAAUGUCUCUAAGGAGACAAAUCUUGAUUAUUCCUAUUUUUGGUUCUCGGGAGGUUUCCUCUGUGCUUGCACAUGAUUCCACUCACUGUGUCCCUGGUAUUACACUGCCUCCAGGUGACGCGAACUACACUUUGGGCUCUCAUUUUCAUUGUUGAUCCGGGCUUGCCUGGGGAGCGAAGAAGAUGAU